AUGUCAAGUUCUAAUAAAAAUAGCAAAAAAAAAACUACAUCAACUUUUAUUACAAAAAGAGAAUCGUGUUUAAAAAAAGAAACAAAAUCUAAAUUCUUUAAACAAAAAACUUCACAGUAUAAAAAAUUGUUGGUUCAUGAUCGCAUUGAGGCUUACGAGACAGUUCAAGUAUUAGAAAAACCUGUUGCACUAGUUACAAUAUAUGAUGUGAUUUGUUUUACCAAAAAAGCAUGUAACGUCAACAGUAAUAAAAAUUUCUGGAAGCAUACUGGCAUUUUACUUGAAAAUUUGGAAUUUUUGAAUAAUGUCGAAGAAGAAAAUCAUGAAAUUCAAGAUUCACUUUUAGCAGGCGAGCAUUUAAUAAUGGAGGAUGAGAAUAUUGACUUGGCCAAAUUUUUUUUACAGAUACCAUAA